CGGGAUUAGCUCUUGGUGAGGGUUGUGUGUGAAAAGUGAGUAGCAGGAGCGGAGCGGGUAGUACGGGUAGCUUUCCCUAACCUCGCCAAGAUGACCAAGCUGGGCUUCCUGCGUUUGUCCUAUGAGAAACAGGACACGCUGCUGAAGCUACUGAUCCUGUCUAUGGCCGCUGUCCUCUCAUUCUCCACCAGGCUCUUCUCCGUGUUGAGGUUUGAAAGUGUCAUCCAUGAGUUUGACCCGUACUUCAACUACCGUACCACCCGCUUCUUGGCAGAAGAAGGAUUUUAUAAGUUUCACAACUGGUUUGAUGACAGGGCUUGGUAUCCUCUGGGGAGGAUCAUUGGUGGCACCAUUUAUCCGGGACUGAUGAUCACGUCUGCUGUCCUGUACCAUGUCCUACAUUUUUUCCACAUCACAAUUGACAUCCGUAAUGUCUGCGUCUUCCUGGCUCCCCUGUUCUCCUCAUUCACCGCCAUAGUCACGUACCACUUAACCAAGGAGCUGAAGGAUGCAGGUGCUGGGCUCCUGGCAGCUGCCAUGAUUGCAGUGGUGCCUGGUUACAUCUCUCGUUCUGUUGCUGGCUCCUACGAUAAUGAAGGUAUUGCCAUCUUCUGCAUGCUGUUGACCUACUACAUGUGGAUCAAGGCUGUGAAAACAGGCUCAGUGUAUUGGUCGUCCAUGUGUGCGCUGGCUUACUUCUACAUGGUUUCCUCCUGGGGUGGCUACGUGUUCCUCAUCAACCUUAUUCCCCUCCACGUCCUGGUUCUGAUGCUCACAGGCCGAUUCUCACACCGCAUAUAUGUGGCUUACUGCACAGUCUACUGCCUGGGCACCAUCCUCUCCAUGCAAAUCUCUUUUGUUGGUUUCCAGCCGGUGCAGUCAUCAGAGCACAUGGCAGCCUUUGGCGUGUUUGGUCUGUGCCAGAUCCAUGCUUUUGUGGACUACCUGCGCAGCAAACUCAAUGCUCAGCAAUUUGAGGUGCUGUUCAAGAGCGUCAUCUCUCUGGUGGGCUUUAUCCUGUUGUCUGUAGGUGCUGUUCUCAUGCUGACAGGUAAAAUCUCUCCGUGGACCGGGCGUUUCUACUCCUUGCUGGACCCCUCCUAUGCCAAGAACAAUAUCCCCAUCAUCGCCUCUGUGUCCGAGCACCAGCCUACCACCUGGUCCUCAUACUACUUUGAUCUGCAGCUCCUAGUCUUCAUGUUCCCAGUCGGUCUGUACUACUGUUUUAACAACCUGUCGGAUGCCAGGAUCUUCAUCAUCAUGUACGGAGUCACCAGCAUGUACUUCUCAGCUGUCAUGGUGCGUCUGAUGCUGGUACUCGCUCCGGUCAUGUGCAUCCUGUCAGGCAUCGGCGUGUCCCAGGUUCUAACCACUUACAUGAAGAAUUUGGACGUCAGCCGGCCAGACAAAAAGAGCAAGAAGCAGCAGGAUUCCACCUACCCAAUCAAAAAUGAGGUUGCCAGUGGCAUGAUUCUGGUAAUGGCUUUCUUCCUCAUCACGUACACGUUCCACUCUACCUGGGUGACCAGCGAAGCCUACUCCUCUCCAUCGAUUGUCCUGUCAGCCCGUGGAGGUGACGGCAGCCGCAUCAUCUUUGAUGACUUCAGAGAGGCCUACUACUGGCUGCGCCACAACACUCCUGAGGAUGCCAAAGUCAUGUCAUGGUGGGAUUACGGAUAUCAGAUAACUGCCAUGGCUAAUCGAACCAUUCUAGUGGACAACAACACAUGGAACAAUACUCACAUCUCCAGAGUUGGACAGGCCAUGGCAUCGACAGAGGAAAGGGCCUAUGAGAUUAUGAGAGAGCUUGACGUCAGUUAUGUUCUGGUCAUCUUUGGAGGGCUGACGGGCUACUCUUCAGAUGACAUCAACAAGUUUCUGUGGAUGGUCCGUAUUGGAGGAAGUACAGACACAGGCAAGCAUAUCAAGGAGCACGACUACUACACUCCCACCGGAGAGUUCAGGGUGGACCGCGAGGGCUCACCAAUCCUGCUUAACUGCCUCAUGUACAAGAUGUGUUACUACCGCUUUGGCCAGGUCUACACAGAGGCCAAGCGCCCACCUGGUUAUGACAGAGUGAGGAAUGCCGAGAUUGGGAACAAAGACUUUGAACUGGAUGUACUGGAGGAGGCCUACACAACAGAGCACUGGCUGGUUAGGAUAUACAAGGUGAAAGAUCUGGACAAUCGGGGUCUUUCAAGGACAUAAGGCGCACAGACAGCAGUGAAAACGGCCUUUAAGCGCACUGAACGCCUUCCUCUGUGGUCAGCAGUCAAGCGGGAAAAGAGUACCUUUUUUAUAUGCCUUUUGUUUUGGGGAAGAAAAUGGCAUCACACAUUUCUCCUUAUUCUUUAUAGGUGAUUUUCAUUUUUUAAAUUUUGUUUAUAAUGAAACAUCUCAUCUGGGAUCAGAGGGAGAUGAUGUCAAAACGUCCAGUUUGAUCUAGGAAGUGUAUUUUGCCAAGAGGUGGUCAUUUGUGAGCGGUUGGAAUUUUUACAAUGUGGUCAAUUAAAGUGGGAUUAAAUCGGAAUACAA